CAGUCGUCGUGUGUUGUGGCCAAACGGCGUCCUCGAGGUCUUCGGCUGCAGGUUCCAUGAUGCCUGCCCUCCAGAGGCAUGUUCGCAGGGACCAGACGAGGAGCUGGGACGAACUGCGGUUAUAAAGAGAUGAGAUCGGCUGGUUGGGAACUCGGAGCAUGGGGACAUGAGAUAUGCGCCUAAAAACAGCCCCCGACGGUGCCGACGAGGGGGCGGUCUGGGCGGAGGGAAUUGAGGUGUGGGGUCGGGUGCAGCUCCCGUGAGAGGUGUGACCUUGGAUCAUUGGCACCGGGCUAGCUCUUAUCUUAUCGCCCUAAAAUCAUCCAAAUCCCAUUGACCACACACAGCUCGAGCUGCCCACCCGUUGAGCUUUUUUCUCGUCGGGAAAAACGAUAGACAACUCGCGGCUGGUCGAGCCCGGGUCCUGCAGCCAACGCCAUCUCAUCCAGACCCCUGACAGCGACCAUGCCACCCCGGUGUCCGCGCUCCUCGCACCUCUCCCUGCCGUUCCUCUACCCCUUUUUGUUCCGAAGCGGCUCUGCACCCGCCCCGCGACUGCCCAAUUCCAUCGCCCAGAUCCGACACCACAUCACAGAACCAUCGUCUCCCGAUGACGUGUCGACUCGUCUCGACCCCGACCCCGACGACUACUCGUCCCCACACUUCGCCGACAAUGCGAAGCUGACACUCUACGCUGGCGGAGGUGGCCAUGGCUGCAUCUCCUUCCUGAGGGAAGCCUACGUGGAGGAGGGUCCUGCCAAUGGCGGGGACGGUGGCCACGGCGGAAACGUCUACAUCCAGGCCGUCCACGGCGAGACCUCGCUGCACAAGCUCUCCAGAAAACGCUUCAUCCGCGCCGGCACCGGCAAGAACGGCCAGGGUAGCUCCAAAACGGGGCAGAGAGGAGAUGAUGUGGUGAUUUCAGUCCCCGUAGGCACUGUCUUGAGAGAGAUCCAACGCUACGACCCAGAAGCAGAGGAGCGAGAGGUGGCGAGGGCGUUUUAUCGUCGCAGGAAGUCUGCACAAAAAGCAGCCGCGGAUUCCCUCGAAGCCGCAGACUUUGAUGGUGGGGAGGACCCCCUCAGACACAAAUGGAUCCUAUACCCAGGCAUUUCGGCCACCGAGGCCGCCAAUAUGGAGCUGCCCCGGCUGCCAAAAAGGACGCGAAUAUAUGCCCAGCCUUCUGCGCCAAUCCAUCUUGACCUGUCUCGCCCAACCCCACGCCCGAUUCUCCUUGCCGCCGGCGGCAUCGGCGGCCUGGGAAACCCCCAUUUCGUGUCGAGGGAAACUCCGCGGCCGCUGUUCGCCACCAAGGGUGAACGCCCUGUAUCCUUGAGGAUAGAGCUGGAACUCAGACUUCUGGCCGAUAUCGGUCUGGUGGGGCUCCCCAACGCCGGGAAGAGCACCCUUCUCCGUGCCAUGUCCAACAGUAGGGCGCGCGUCGGGUCGUGGGCCUUUACUACCUUACAGCCAAAUAUCGGGACCGUAGUGCUAGACAACAACAAGGGAAGACCGCUAGUUAGGAGCACCCGCCGGGUCCCUGUUAGCGAAGAAGAUGUGCACUCCGGGGUCGCGGAUCCAGACGAGACCGAGGUUGUGCCUCGGACCCGGUUCACGGUGGCUGACAUCCCCGGCCUGAUCGAGGGGGCACACCUAAAUAGGGGCUUGGGGAUAGCUUUCCUGCGCCACGUGGAGCGCGCGGGCGUCCUGGCGUUCGUGAUCGAUCUAGGGGCGGGCAACGCCGUCCAGGCCCUAAAGGCGCUGUGGAACGAGGUCGGCCAGUACGCGCAGAUGCGGGAGGAGGAGGAGCGGGAUCGUGAACGUGACACACGCAUCGAGUGGGAGGAUGCUGGAACGGGCACAACGCAUUCUCGAUAUAUGGGACGCGGGAGCGGCAUGAUUUCGGCCGACUACCCGCCCGCUCCCGAAAGCGUCUCAGGGCUGCACAUUGCUGCGAAGCCCUGGUUCGUGGUGGCUACCAAGGCGGACCUGUCAUCAACGCAGCAGAACUUCGAGGAGCUCAGAGACUACCUCGCGAGCAUCAGCCGAGGCGACGCGCCCCACCCUAGUGGCGUCGAGGGUGCAUGGACCAAGGAUUGUGCGGCAAUCCCCGUAAGCGCCAUAAACGGCCAUGGUGUCGACCGCAUCGUUCACUGGACUGUCGGCCUGUUGGACGAGUAAAGACGGCAACAUCCGGUUCAUGGCUGAGAGUUUUGUCAGCCUCGCAUGGAAUUGUACUAUAAGUAGUAUCAAGCAUCCAUCAUGGAAUGCAAUUGCACGCGAGCUGGUGACAAGAUACCUAGUGGUCUAGGGCGUACUGUGGGGGCGGGGAGGACCCUAUAUGCGGGUGGGUGGGGUAUCCGAAGCUUCAGACUCCCGCGCGAACAGCUCGG